AAGAAAGAUAGGCAGGUUGGAGUUAAUGUUUGGGAUCUCUGCGUUUGAUUUUAACGGCUCUCCUUUCUUGCUCACCAACUGUGAGGGGACAACGGUUGGAGGUUGAGGACUGCUGGACGAACAUCAUUCUGACUGCCAGCAUCUGAAUCAUCCAGUUACUUGAUAUCACAUCACAGCUGUGCCAACCCUUGUGGCUGUGAACUGGGAAUUAAAGGAAGUUUUUAAGCUUCUCCCAUGCUGUGUACACACUAAAUGAUUUUCCCAGUAGGCCUUACAGCUGCAUGGGUGAUUCUGGGUGCUAGUAAUAUAGACUGAGGGAACCUGAAAGCAGAUUUGGAUACAGUCUGUGUGUAACAGCAUACAGCAUAAUGGCGUCGUGUACACUGGUUACUGCCAUUCUCUUAGUGUUACUGACCACAGUUGCGGUAAUCGUUGCCUUUACAACGCCACAUUGGCUAAAUUACAAAUUUGUCGGACGAAGUGAAGGCCUAUGGCUGCAGUGUGGAACAACAGACUGGGGAAACUGUGAUUGGUUCUUUUCACAAGAAUAUACAUCUAAAAUGGUACAUGCUGUGUGGUUUAAGGCUGUCCAGGGUCUGUUCACCUGUGCGGUGUUCAGCAGCCUGCUCUCCCUCAUGGUCGCUCUCUUCUCCCUAUGCUGUGGCUGUGACUGCUGUAACCCUCAUCAGGCUGCAGGUGCCUUUGCAAACCUCACAUUUCUGCUGCUGGCCGUGGCUAUGUGUGUGUUUGGAGCCAAAGCCCAUCUAGAAUUGGAUGCUGAAAUCAACCCUGACUACCCAAUCUGCUUUGGCUGGAGCUUCUGGCUGGGGGUGGGGGCAACAGUCCUCUCCCUUGUCUCUACUGUUCUGUACUUUUGUGUCAGCCGCACUGAGGAUGUUGUGGUCUAGCUGAAGAUGGAAUGAUAUCAUCUUGUGGAAACACUGACUAUCAUAGCCAUACAGUGUCUUGUCUUUGUAUAUCAGUGCAUGGAACCUGUCGGUACAUAUAAAGUGUACCAGGGUACAGCCAUGCUUGCAUGUUCCGAAAAUACCAACACAAAUGUUAUGGGUAAUGGCUCUUAAGUUUUUGAGGUUUGUCUUGCAUUGUAAAGAAUGUGUAUGGUGUAUGACAGACUUUAUUAUGCAGUUGAGUUACUGAUGUGGCAGGACUGUCAUAGUCAGCUGUUGUGCCUGUGUAGAGAAAUCUUUGGUGUAAACCAGUAUGACUGACAGCAGGACACUGAUGAGUUAAGAUGACUGUCUCGGUGGUUUCGAUUUUAUGAUGUCUUCCAUGCCAAACAGGAUGAAGUUUUGGAAGCAUAGUAAGUGACAGUUGCUUUCAUUACUUUCUCAGUUGUCUCUAAAUCUGAUCAUCAUUCAUACAAGUCAAGAAAGAAGUCCCUGUGGGAAACUGCUGAGAGGAAAAACAGCUACAUAUAUCUACCCAGUAUUACUUGUAAGGAAAAUACAAAACAUACGAAAAGUUCCAAUUUGAUCAAUGAUCUCUUGGAACUCUUUCUCCCAUUAUCUACAUAUACAUGUACAUGUUUAGUGAAGACGGUUGCAGCCAUUGAUUUGGUAUUUUGCUGAUCUUAAGAUUUAAAGAGAACAUAUCUUGUGCACUGUAAAUUGUUGAGCAGUUUUGCUUUCUGGCAGUACUUUUUCAGAUGUUAUUUUAUAGAAUCAGUGCUUCCCUUUUUCCAAGAUGUACUUCAUCAUUUCUGUGUAUUUUUUGUGUUAGUUUUAUUCAGGAUCAAUUUAGGUUUUAAAUCAGCUCUUCUUCCUUAGCUUUACAUGACGUAGAUUCCCUAUGACGCUAACAGUUACAAUUGUUUUAUUGGAUCAAUCCAUUUUUUUUAAUGCGUUAUUGUGAUGCCUGAAGGCAGCAAGGGUAUUUUAAUGAUUGUUUUCUAAGGUGUGCACUGGUGGGCUGUUGUGUUAGAUGUAGUCAGAUGUCCACAUACAUGACAUCUAAUUUGUUUAUUGUGGUGUGUAGGCCUACUUGUUUUAGAUUUUUUUACCACAUAUGUGUACUUUAGAUGGGACUCUGUUCAUGCACUGUGAAUUCCAUGUUGAUACACUCUGAUAUACAUUAUUCGUGUAUUCUUAAGACAUUACCAUACCUAGGAAAUCCAAACCUUAAGAGAUGGUUUCAUUGGACAGGCUACAGGUAGAAGUUUUGGGUGGCAGCCAUGCCCUUGGCCAGUUCACACAGCCUAAAGGUGCCCCAAAUCAUGAAAUAGGGCAUGAACAUUAAAUGUUUUGUUUUGAAUUGUUAAACAUGGAUCUAUUGGAUCGGGGAAGGGGGGAUAAUGUGGAACACCACAGGUCACAGAGACUAGACACCUGGAAGUGGGAAAUCAGGGUAAUUGCACCCUUUGCAGAGAGGUUAAAACUUUGCCAGAACGUAGAUCGCAACAUGCCACAGAGAACCAGGUUUGAGGUUGGGGAAUGUGAGAUCCUGAAUUGACUACACCUGACUGGACCCCCAUCGACCUUGUGGCCACCCGUGGUGGUGGUGGUGGCGGUGGCGGUGGAGGCUUACGGCUGUGAGAGAUGUGGGUACUCCAUGGAGCAGGUAUGGCGGCAGGCAUGUGUAGGGAAAUAAGAUAGCUCUUUCUGUUAUCUGACCGCCAGCCGUCUGAGAAAUUUCAGAGCAGCCAGGAUAGCCAGUUUAUGAGUAACGUCAAAAUAUGUACAGCAGUGCUGACCUUCUGCUGAGACCGCGUCGGAGGGCUGACUGACUGGCUUACCAGCUCACCACUCUGUGAUACGGCUGCGGUAAAUUACCAUGGCAACAGGCUCGGUGGCAUAAGAUGAAAAUCUGAGCCGGUCCUAAGUCACUGGUUAAAGAGUAAGAUGGUUGACUGACGGACGGCUGAACAGCUUGUGGUGCAGAGCCCCCCCACCC